GGCUGCGGAGAUAAAGAAUGCAACCGCUCUGGCAGUCUCACAGUGUCCCACUUGUCGGCCUUGCCAUAGCUUACCACAAAGCCUACAAGGAAGCGGUGGAAAAGAUACGAACGGCAAACUUUCUUCGUGAUGCAAGGGCAAGCCGUCAGCUGCAAGGUACCGCCCAUUAUUGUUCAAUCUCCACCUUGAUACGCUGGAACGUGCUCUCAAGUAUGACGUCGCUCAGUCCGCAAAGGUCAGAAGAACAGUACUCCUUGGCGUAGACAUAUAAGCUCGGCCAUGGCCUACUAUUUCGAAAAGCCUCAAUCAGCCCGAAUAAUCGCUUCUAGCUUUCGUGCAGCAUGCGACCAUUCACUUCCACAGCCUUCGGCCUCCUAGCCACGGCUGCAUCCGUCCAAGCUUCGCAGUAUACCAUCAUCAAUCACUGCCCUUGGAGCAUCUGGAUCACCCUCGCCAACCAAGGCGGCACCGGCAACCCGGCAGAACUUCAGGCGAACCACACCUCCCCUGCCGUCACCAUGACCGGUUCUGGCAACAGUGUCGGCAUCACCCGAGACAGCAACUACUGGGGUCUUACUGAGUACAAGUUGAUCUUCGGGUAUACAGAGAGUGCCGGGACGAUUUGGUGGAGCGUCAACGACGUCAACGGCGACCCAUUCGCGGAGAAUCCGUGGAACAUCACCUCGAGCGGGAGUAGGGACGAUGUGUGUGGGCAUGCGUCGAACUAUGGCACGAAUGUCUACAGCUGUCCCGAUCAAGCUGUCUCGAUCUUCGUGCAUCUGUGCGAUACGGCUUGAGGGCGAGACAUCGAGGCCACGUAUCCGGGCGGUGUACUCCACCAAUCACUCUGCAGCAUAUUCUCGGCUACCUCUUGGGCUACUAUAGGGGAGUUGUGAAGCUGCACCCUUAUGUACGUUGUUCAAAUUAAGCUUCAAUAGUGUUGCGAGGAAUCGAAUGACCUCACGUGAAUGC